AUGGCUGACAACUCGUCUUUCAUGGACUGGAGUCCUGCAACUCCUCCACCUGUUCACAGUCCCUAUCAAGGCGACUACAUGCCUGGCGGCUGGCCUGUCGACUCUCCCACUCCUCCACCUACAGUCGGUGUUUUUGCCAUCAGAACAACACCUUAUGGCUCCAUCCUACCAGCUGCCAAAAGAAUCUGUCAAGGUAUCGGCGCUGCAGUCACAUGCGGUAUUCACGCAGCUGCAACAGUUUCCAAAUACACUGUUGACACUACCACGACGGUGGUCACCGUUCCAACCCACUACGUCGCCCGCCAAGUCGCGCAACGACAACAAGAACCAAGAAGACUUUGUCGAACUCGACGCCACGCGCAAUUACGUUCUCUACCAGAGUCACCAUGGAACAGAGCCAUCGCCAGAGCUGACCACAGAGUUAGGGAGCCUGCGCCUCCUGCUCAAGAAGGUCCAUCGCCGAGUCCGUCGCAAGUCACACCGAGUCUCCUUCCGCCCACGCUUCAUCCCUCAGCACGCAACGCUAUAUAUCAUAUCCCAAACUUUUUGCCGCUAGCCUACAAGAACCCGGCCCAGCAGCGCAAGGAGAGAAUUGCGCAGAAACAAGGAGAACGGAUUCCGGCUUCGGCAUUUCCUGGAAUACCUCGAUUGACACCUCCUCCAGAACAACCAAUCCAACGAAUCCAGACACCAGUCGACAGACCAUAUGCGCCUCUGCCACAGCCCAAGAGAUUGCAAACCCCAUACCCGGUGUUGACCCCUCUACCUGUCACACCUCCGUCACCACCGACCUCAGCAACAACCCCAUUAUCGGUCCCGUCUUCGCGCUCUUCUCCCUCGCCCGGCGCGCAGCUACAACGAGAGCUAGAGGCUGCUCAUGACAGUGAUUCUGACACGUCCUCAACUUAUUCAACAACCUGGAAUCCAAAAAAAAGAAAGUUGCGCAAACAAGGUUCAAGAGCAUCAGAAGAGACCGAGAAACCUGCAACAACCAAGAGAGUUCAUACAACUGGUCCAAAAUUGCACUCUCCCAAAACAUCGACACCGACACCGACUCCUGCCAUUGUUAUCCAAGAAACAGCAUCAUCACCGACUGGUAUCGAAGCUCCCGCAUCCGCGAACACCACGUUGCUGUCACCACCGCGUGUUAAGAGACGGCGUGUCAGCACUCCCACAACUGUCGAAACAAAGAACAGCCUCAAGACUCCCAAGACUCCAGAGUCUGAUAUUUCUUCCACAUGCGAAUAUUCCCCAGGAAUAUCCAUGCCGGGUAAUAUUCAAGCAAAGUCGCCCAAUGAGAGUGAUAUAUCAUCUGCAUACUUCGGUACCCCACCAGACCCCGUCGAGGACGCCCGUUUGUUCGGAAUGAUCAUGGCAGGAAGCGGAUCACCCACCCCCGGCCCAAAAGCAUCGACCACAAGUGAGGAACUCCAAGCUACCCAGAAGAAUACAGCGACAUCCGAGUCUAAAGAGAAUGAGACUCAUGAUCACAAAGAAACGAAGACAGCAGAGGCUAUACCAGAAAUUCCCCAAGCUGUGUCUACAUUCGUUCGAGGAAACAUCCAACCGGAAUCGGCAGAUAGGAGAAUUGUCGCAACAAAGGAUGUGCAAGAAGGCUCAGCACAACAAUCGCCGAAUGCACCUGCUGCAGAACCAGCCACACCAGAAAAAGAAGAGAGCUCAACGGCACAAACAGCUCCUUAUACGAAAUCGACUGGAGUAGCCGGCCAGAAUGACGAUAUCAAGCUUGACAAAGCCGACGUCAACACACCAGAGCAGAAACUUGCAAAGCUCACUCUUGAAGAUCAAACGACCCCAGAUCAACCAACUCCCAAAGCAACCCCUCAUUCUUCCGAGAAAACCCAGAGACUUACCAGGGCAGUGGCAAAGCGGUUGCGACAAAUUGAAGAAGUUCAAGAUUACGACAUUGCACCCCUCUCAGAGGAGUGGGAGAAGAAAGUUCAAACGGCACUCCGACAAGGUCACGGCGACUAUAAAGCAUCAGACCUGAUUCGUGUUGUACCUCUUACACAGGGAUACGGAACGUCCAACUGGUUGAAUGACGAAGUUAUUAAUGGCUAUUUGAAGCUCAUUGUCGCACACGGAAAACGAAGCGAUCGUCCCACCCAGGUACCCACACAUCAUGCAUUUGUCUCAUUCUUCUACGACAAUCUUGCAACUCGUGGCUAUGGGAGUGUCAAGAGAUGGGCCACUCGAGCCAAGAUAGGAGGCAAAAAUCUACUCGAAACUGAAAACGUCUUCAUCCCGAUCAACAGCGGAGCGCAUUGGACAUUGUGUGUUGUCUCCGGAAAGAAUAGAAUUAUUGCAUAUUACGAUAGCAUGGGGGGAAAUGGAAAGAAUUAUGUCGAUACGGUCAAGAAGUGGGUUAAAGAGGAAUUGGGAAGUGCAUACAAGGAGGAAGAAUGGAAGUUGGAAUACAAGGGAAGGACUCCACUCCAACAAAACAUGGAUGACUGUGGGGUGUUCGCCGUCACCAGCGCACGACAGAUAAUGCUCGGGCUUACGCCCAUGAGCUACGAGGCAAGCAAGAUCCCGUUGCAAAGAAGGAGGAUCAUUGCAGAACUUAUUAAUGGUGCUCUUAUCAAGAGCAACGAGUGA